UUUCGUUUAAUAUGUCUUUUAAUGUUUUCAGGAACUCGUUAGAAUACUCCUUUAUAUUUUUUAUAUUCGUGCCUCACUCGUUUGGAAGAUGCUACGACAUGCUGUUCUCACUUUGUUGGCUGGACACGGAGGACGCUUUAAAUGGGCAAAAUGGAAACUUAUGGCUCAACGGCACUUCAUUGAACUUCAUGAGAAAAGCAGGCCGAGUUACCUCUGUAACAGUGUCUCCAGUUGUAGAAAACAAGGUUGCUUUGCAGUAUGGAGGCUUUACUCAGAGAUGGACCAUAACAAUCAACCCACGUACAAAGAUGAUCAAAAUCACAGGCAAACGCAAACCCUUAGAGCAGCCAGCAAAUGCGACCAAGGGUUUCCUGGAGUUGCUCGAACCUACUGAGGUGUUUGCAUGUGAAAGUGGCACAACGUUCCUCCACCAGGAUGAGGACUUCUUCCUCGCUGUUGGUCAUACGAUGCGCUUCCCAAUCAAACUGGAGUCCAGGAGUCCCUUCAUGUUACUGGUGUCCUGGUUGGUGAACAAUCCAGAGGAUGUCUCGUCUCACACGGUGACACUUUACCAUACUGAAAUGGGAUCCUACAAUCCCUUCUUUGAGGACAACACCACCCUGGACCACUACCGCUUCACCGCCUUGGACUCCUGUACCCGCUAUAUGGUGUGUGUUGAGAUUGCAGACACUUACUCUUUCACAUGCCUCUCUACCAUUUCAGACCCAGAUGUUCCAAAGUAUUUUGAAGUGACUUCAUGGAGCAGCAGCAGUAUAUCCUUGGCGUGGGAUUGCCCUGCAAACAUGAAGUACUCAGUCUUCCUCCUCACUAUCUUCUACCUUAACGGUACGGACCAUGUCACAGAGGUGGCAGAGUUGUGGAUGACCGACAACAGCUUCAUGUUCUCGCUAUCCGACCUGCAACCAUGUGUCAGGCUGAAGUUUGGCCUGCAGACUGUUUGCCAGUUGGGGCUGGAGUCCCGCUGCAGCAGAAUGGUCCUGAAUGAAGGAAACUCUGAUUUCUCCAACAUUUACUUCUUGCACCAGACUUCGUUUGCACCCAACAAUUACACUCUAAGCUGGGAGGUAAAAAACACCUCGUCCAUCUCCAUGUUCAGAGUUUACCAUGAGGGGGCGCUGAAGGGCACCACACUUUUGACCACGCACACUGUGACGGGGCUUCUGCCAUGCCAGAAGUACCGAGCCAGGGUGGCGGCGGUGUGUGGUGACAACGUGGUCAUGAGUGUCAGGACAAUCACGGCUCAAACAGGACCUGGCGGUGUGUCCGAGCUCAAGUUUCGUGCCAGUGAUUCCACAGUUGUGUGGACACCUAGCCUCCCUAAUCAGCAGGGGGUGGCCUACAUAUACGAGCUCUCCAUGGAGAACAGCUCCGUCAUCGGUAGCAGCCGUGUGUUCAACAACAAGUUGCCUCUCCUAGGCCUGGAGGCAGGAAAAUCCUACAUCCUGGACAUAUGGGAGGAGUGCAACGGCCUGUGGGAGUCUGAACCGUCCCGUUUGGGUUUUGAAGGAGUCAAUUCGACGUUUGAGAUUGAUGUGAGGGCCAUUGAAUCCCCUCUCAACAAUGAGCUGCAGUUUGAUUUCAACAACAUUGGUAUUAAGAUGGUUGUUCCCUGGUCUCUGCCUGAUGAUCAACAGAAUGACCCGUCAGAAUCUAGAGCCAAGCUGGAUCAGAUUUUAAAGACUAAGCUGGAGGAACUGUUGAAGGACUAUGAGCCGCCAGCCCGCAUUGAGCUGGAUUUUCUGGAACCUGCAGAUGAGCCAACAAAGACAGCAGUUCUUUUUAGGUCCUUUGAUGCCUCUAACUCAAAAAAUGUUAACUUACCAGUUGACGAUCAGCUCAGGCACAUUAGUUCUCUCAACAUGUCUGACAUCAGGGUAGAGAACAGAGUCAUUUACUGGGAUGGUGCGAACUUGUGUGCAUCCAUGCAACCUUUCUGUCCCCGUAAUUCUGUGUGCGUCAGCAGUCUGAGCUCAUACAGGUGCAUCUGCCAGGACGGUUACUAUGAUGUCGGCUCUUUUCUACAUCUGCCUGCAGCUUCACAUCCAGUCUGCAAAGAUAAAGGACUUUUCACCCAGUGUCUGGAGAGAGUUAUGGAGGGUGGAAUAGCAAAAGCCUACCUGACCUCUCUGUUUGGGGGAAAGCUUGAGGUGAAACUGAACGACGGCCAGUGUCCAGUGAAUGAGACGGAGGUUGUGUACUACUUCAACACCUCCCGGCAUCCACCAGGGUGUGGAAUGGAAAAAAAGGGGAAUAAAACCCACAUCGUGCUCCAAAAUACUCUGAGUGUCAGUCUGAGUAAAGAGCAUACAAUCAGCCGGCGAGAUCUCAAGGUUGUCUGGAAGUGCAUCUACCCUCGACACUACGUCCGCAAUGCUCAAGUCGUUGCCAACAUGGAAUGGCUGUCCUCACUCUCCCUGGUGGAGUUUAACUCAUCGGUACUGCUGGGUCUGACCAUGGACUUGUUUAAGGAUGAGUCUUACAGCCAUGCUUACGUGGAUCCCGUACAGCUGGGACACGAGGACACCUUGUACUUCCAGGUGGCUCUGCAGACCAACCACUCGUUUGCCUCGGAUGAGCUGCUGCAGGUGGAGUCCUGCUGGGCCACCGAGAGCACCGAUCCACAAGAGGCAGUCCAAGCUGUCUUUCUCGAAAAUGGCUGUCCCACUGACAACACCUUCCAGUGGCUCUCUGCAAACGGCCUGGCACAGAGGAGCAGGUUUUCCAUCCAGAUGUUCCACAUGCCCAAAGGCUUACCGCUCUACUUCCACUGCCUGACCAAUGUAUGUGGGCAUAAGGAAGACUGCACUCGGAACUGCAGCAUCCAGCAGCGCCCAAAACGGUUGGCGGACCAAACGGACAGACAGGAGAAACAAGCUGCUGUUGUGUCUGCUGGACCGCUGACGGUCAACAUGAGGAUGAAAUCCAGCAAUCCGUCCAACUGGGCAGAGCACAUGAGCAUGGUUGUUAUCAUUGCUGCAUCGAUAAGCUUUUUAGGAAUCUCCGUGCUCUCACUGAGUGCUAUUAAGGCAGUAAUGAUGUACUAUGAGAAGCUACGGCUUCAAUAAACAGUUUGA